AUGCCUCCUCUUUCUUUUCUCUUCAUUUUCUCUCUUCUGAGUCUUCUCCUUCCCUGGGCCUACUUUACCAAAACCCUACUCGAUUCAAUUCAAUUCAACUCAAUUCAUCAUCAUCCAUGAUUAUGUGAAAAACAAGAAGAAUCAGCUCCGAAGAUGUGGUUCAAAGCUACGGAAUCUUGCAACUGUAUAGAGCCGCAAUGGCCUGCGGAUGAAUUACUGGUGAAAUACCAAUACAUCUCAGAUUUCUUCAUCGCGCUUGCGUAUUUCUCAAUCCCUCUCGAACUCAUCUACUUCGUUAAGAAAUCAGCGGUUUUUCCGUACAGAUGGGUUCUUGUGCAGUUCGGUGCCUUCAUUGUUCUAUGCGGAGCCACGCAUCUUAUUAACCUCUGGACCUUCACUGUUCACACGAGAACCGUCGCUAUGGUAAUGACCGCCGCUAAGGUUCUAACUGCCGUUGUUUCUUGCGCUACUGCGCUUAUGCUUGUACAUAUUAUUCCUGAUUUACUUAGCGUUAAGACCAGAGAGCUAUUUUUGAAGAACAAGGCUGCAGAACUUGAUAGAGAAAUGGGAUUGAUUCGUACUCAGGAGGAAACUGGUAGGCAUGUUAGGAUGUUAACUCAUGAAAUUAGAAGCACUUUGGAUAGACACACAAUCUUGAAGACUACGCUUAUAGAGUUGGGAAGAACUUUGGCGCUUGAGGAGUGUGCUUUAUGGAUGCCAACACGAACAGGGUUGGAGCUUCAAUUGGCCUAUACGUUGCGGCAGCAGAAUCCGGUUGGGUAUACCGUGCCAAUUCAUCUGCCUGUGAUUAAUCAAGUGUUUAGUAGCAACCGGGCGGUGAAGAUUUCGCCGAAUUGCCCGGUUGCGAGGUUAAGGCCUCAUACGGGGAAAUACUUGCCAGGAGAAGUGGUUGCUGUUAGGGUACCUUUACUGAAUCUGUCUAAUUUUCAAAUAUAUGAUUGGCCGGAGGUUUCCACGAGAAGCUAUGCUUUGAUGGUGUUGAUGCUUCCAUCGGACAGUGCUAGACAAUGGCAUGUACAUGAGCUAGAGUUGGUUGAGGUAGUUGCUGAUCAGGUAGCUGUUGCUCUUUCACAUGCUGCAAUCUUAGAAGAAUCAAUGAGGGCAAGGAAUCUGCUGAUAGAGCAGAAUGUUGCCCUUGAUCUAGCAAGAAGAGAAGCAGAAACUGCCAUCCAUGCUCGCAAUGACUUUUUGGCAGUUAUGAACCAUGAGAUGAGAACUCCCAUGCAUGCGAUUAUUGCACUCUCUUCUUUGUUACAGGAAACAGAGUUGACGGCUGAGCAACGUCUGAUGGUAGAGACAAUAUUGAAAAGCAGCAAUUUGUUGGCUACUCUCAUCAAUGAUGUUUUGGAUCUUUCACGGCUUGAAGAUGGUAGUCUUCAACUUGAAACAACAACAUUUAGCCUUCAUUCUGUUUUUAGAGAGGUCCUUAACUUGAUUAAGCCCGUUGCAUCUGUCAAAAGAUUGUCUCUCACUUUACAUCUAGCUUCAGAUUUGCCAGCGUAUGCCGUUGGCGAUGAAAAACGUCUAAUGCAAACUAUUCUUAAUGUUGUUGGUAAUGCUGUGAAGUUCUCAAAAGAGGGCAGCAUUUCCAUCACUGCUAUUGUUGCAAAGCCUGAAUCCUUCAAGGAUGCUAGAAUUCCUGAGUUUCUUCCAGUGCCAAGUGACAGUCACUUUUAUUUGCGUGUACAGGUAAAGGAUUCAGGAUCAGGAAUUAACCCACAAGAUAUUCCAAAGUUAUUCACCAAGUUUGCACAAAGCCAAGCAGUACAGACUAAAGGUCCUGCUGGAAGUGGACUUGGCCUUGCCAUUUGUAGGAGGUUUGUAAAUCUCAUGGAAGGGCAUAUUUGGAUUGAAAGUGAAGGUAUUGGUAAAGGAUGUACAGUCACUUUUAUUGUGAAGCUUGGAAUCCCUGACCGACCAAAUGAAUCUAAAUUGGCGUUUGCUCCUAAAGUUCCUGGAAAUCAUGUAUCUACAAACUUUGGAGGCCUCAAGGUUCUUGUCAUGGAUGAUAAUGGGGUUAACAGGUCAGUAACAAAGGGACUACUACUUCAUUUAGGAUGCGAUGUUACAACUGCAGGCUCAAGUGAAGAGUGUCUGCGCAUCAUUUCGCCAGAACACAGAGUGGUCUUCAUGGAUGUGUGUACAGGGUUAGACGGAUAUGAACUAGCGAUACGUAUACAGGAGAAGUUUAAGAAACGCCAAGAUAGGCCAUUAAUAGUUGCUCUUACUGGGAACACAAACAAGGUGACAAAAGAGAACUGUAUGAGGGUCGGUAUGGAUGGCCUUAUACUGAAACCUGUUUCUGUUGACAAAAUGAGGGGUGUUUUGUCUGAACUCCUUGAGCACCGAGUUCUGUUUGAAGCUAUUUAAGCCAAAUCCAAAACAAUGGCUUCAUAAUUUGCAAUCUUUUUUCUAGUGUACAUAGCCAUUGAAUUUGGAGAAAUAUAUACUUACGAAGCAACGAAGGCUAUUGACUUGGUAUUUAUCUGAUAGGGUUGAAAGAAAAAAAAAGAGGAAUGGUUGAGUUGCAUAGUCAAAUCCAAUUUUUCUGAACCCAGAUUCAUAUAUACACACACAUACACACACUCACAUACACCGUGGGCGGGUUCCUUGGCUCCUACUUCAAAGUCUUGAACCCGGAGGGACAAAUCCACCAAUAAACCAGUGCCCCAUGUAUGUUUCUAUUUUCUGCACCUUUAUGCCUUCCAAAGCUUUUGGACCGAAGUUCUAAAUGGUGCCUUACAUCUAAUUGGUUGUUUCUAACCCAAAAUUUUUUCCACUUAGGUUGGCAUUCGAAGAUUAAUGUUUUUGUCCAUACAGAGACUCUAGUUUCGUUCACAACAGUAUAGUGUUUUUUAAUUAUUAUUUGUUUGUCUUUUUCAACUUUAUGUGAGUUUAUAAUUUGAUCUAUAGAUACAAUUAGCAAUGGGAGCCCUUACAUAUCAAGGAAAAUGUUAUUUGUAUCUCAAAAU